GAGACAUCUGUCGGACAAACAGUCARUGCAUUGAAAGACUAAUUGUUUGGAAAACGUUUUGUUGACAUUUGAAACACAUUUUCGGAAACACUUUUCAAACAUUCAGUUAAGUGAUCACCAAAUGAGUUGCCCGUAAAGUGAUGGCCACAACACUGGACUCGACGCCUACACGACUCCCCCAAACACCGGGACGACAACACAGUCAUGAAAGUCAACCGCCGGUCACUAUUGAUUCUCUGACGACUGUCCACAAACAAUCGGUCCAUACGUUGGUAUUUCGGUCAAUGAAGAGGACACACGACAUGUUCAUCAGUGACCACAACGAAUUACCGCCGAUUGACCAAAAAGCUCAUGAAAUUCAAAUGACUCUUAAGGCCAGAGACCAAUACAAACCUGUUCUUCAUUUGGUUCCCAAAGAUGACGCAAACGAAUCGUUGAAGUCUAAAAUGAAAGACAAUCAAAGAGAUGAAGAAAUGAAGRGUAAUAUCGACGAUACGUCUGGUAAUAAUAAGAGCAAUUCAUUAGUUCUUUACUCCGAACCGACGAAAUCGAUGCCAAAUGUUGGCACCAAUUCAUCCAAUAACCAACAAGUAAUGCUAUUAUCUUCGGGCACACAAAUAGUUCAUAGAAAGCCACCGCCAAUGCCUAAACCUGAAUGGCAUCCGCCGUGGAAGUUAUAUAGAGUUUUGUCCGGUCAUAUCGGUUGGGUUCGCUGUUUGGCAGUUGAACCGGGAAAUGAAUGGUUUGCCAGCGGUUCUAAUGAUAGGAUCAUUAAAAUUUGGGAUUUGGCUUCUGGAAAGUUAAAGCUAUCACUGACAGGACAUAUAUCAGGUGUUAGAGGUCUGGCAGUCAGUGCUCGACAACCGUAUCUAUUUUCAUGCGGUGAAGACAAACAGGUUAAGUGUUGGGACUUAGAAUACAACAAAGUGGUUCGUCACUAUCAUGGACAUCUCUCGGGAGUUUACAGUUUGGCAUUACAUCCAACUAUCGAUAUAUUGGUGUCCGCCGGUCGAGACUCUGUGGCAAGAGUUUGGGAUAUAAGAUCUAAAGCUCAAAUUCAUUCGUUGUCCGGUCACUCAAAUACUAUUGCUUCGGUUGUAUGUCAGGCUACCGAUCCACAGGUUAUUACGGGAUCACACGAUACAACUAUCCGUUUGUGGGAUAUUAUUGCGGGUAAAACCCGAACAACAUUAACGCAUCAUAAGAAGAGUGUCCGCUCUCUUAUUAUUCAUCCGAAACUGAAUGCAUUCGCUUCGGGCUCUUUCGCAAACAUCAAACAGUGGGGGUUUCCCGACGGAAAGUUUAUUCAGAACUUGAGUGGUCAUAAUGCUAUAGUCAACUGUCUCGCCAUGAAUACGGAUGGAGUACUGGUUUCUGGAGCAGACAAUGGUUCCAUGUUUUUUUGGGACUGGAGAACUGGUUACAACUUUCAACGAACCCAAUCAUCAGCACAACCCGGAUCUAUAGAGUCGGAAAAUGGUAUCUUUACCAUGACUUACGAUCAGAGCAGUUCCAGACUAAUUACGGGUGAAGCGGACAAAACCAUUAAGAUAUAUAAAGAGGACGAAACAGCAGAUGAAGAAUCACAUCCAAUCAAUUGGAAACCAGACCUUCUUAAGCGCAAACGUUAUUAACAUUUAUUAUAAUCAUUUUUCG